AUGACUCGACGCAGCCGGCGCUUGUGGCUGGGCUUGCUUGCAGCAGCCUUCUCGCUGAAAUGCAGCCUGCUCCGUGAUACCGUCAGCAAGGCCGAGGCCAUGGUUUUCCGGCCUUGGCGUCCCAGAGACGAGUCGCCAGACAGCACGACUCUCCCGGCAGUGACCACGCUGCUGGUCGGAGUAUUCAUAGGGGUGGGCGCUUUCCAGGACUACCCGGCAAUGCCGCAACUCUUUGAGUCCGUGAAGGACAAAGCCUGGAGAAGCACCAGAAAAGGCAGACUCUCUGAGCGAUGCGCCCGAUACAGAUCCAUCUCCCAUGAUGCUGGGCGGCGCUUUCGGGAUGAACGUGAUUCAAGUGACCCACAGAAGUCCAAGAUGUGCCGGCAGCCAACUCCAUGA